CGUGCGCCGUCGCCGUCUGCCGGCGGCGCUAGCGUCGUUCAGCUCCGAUUAGAAAAAUAGUUCAAAUCAGCGCGAAAACCGGCUAAUUUGCAUAGCUCGUCACAGGGAAAUACAGCCGGCGCAGCGAACUAUCGGUCGAUACCAAGUCGAUCGAGGUAAAAGGCGUAAAACCGACGACAGUCGCGAUGGAAGUCGGCGGAAAUUACUCGAAGAGGGGCGAGGGGGUUCGAGAAGAUUCUCGCCGCUACGGCCGUUGGUGGGAGCGGGUAUAAAAGGCCGCGGAGCGCUCCGCAGCCUCAGUACAUGAAAAGCAACCAAACGAAUUACAAAGCGAACGAUUAUUAUAACGAAACGACAAACACAAUGCCUGCCAUUGGUAUUGACUUGGGAACCACCUACUCCUGCGUGGGAGUCUGGCAACAAGGAAAGGUCGAGAUCAUCGCCAACGACCAGGGCAACAGAACGACACCCAGCUAUGUUGCCUUCACGGACACGGAGCGUCUCAUCGGAGACGCCGCCAAGAACCAAGUAGCGAUGAACCCUGCCAACACAGUGUUCGACGCCAAGAGGCUUAUCGGACGAAGGUUCGACGACGAGAAGAUCCAGGGCGACCUGAAACACUGGCCGUUCAGAGUCGUCAACGAGGGAGGCAAACCGAAGAUCGAGGUUGAAUUCCGCGGCGAGAGAAAAAGGUUCAAUCCGGAGGAGAUCAGCUCGAUGGUCCUGACAAAGAUGAAGGAAACAGCGGAAGCGUACUUGGGAUCGAAGGUGAAGGACGCGGUCAUCACGGUGCCCGCUUACUUCAACGACUCGCAGCGCCAGGCCACCAAGGAUGCUGGAGCGAUAGCCGGUCUCAACGUACUCAGGAUCAUCAACGAGCCCACAGCCGCGGCCCUCGCCUACGGCCUCGAUAAGAACCUCAAAGGGGAGAAGAACGUCCUCAUCUUCGAUCUUGGCGGUGGAACCUUCGACGUAUCCAUCCUUACCAUCGACGAGGGCUCGCUCUUCGAGGUGAAAGCCACGGCGGGCGACACCCAUCUCGGAGGUGAAGAUUUCGACUCGAGACUGGUCGACCACCUGUGCAAGGAGUUCGAACGGAAAUACAGAAAGAACAUCAAGACUAACCCGAGGGCCCUUAGGCGUCUGAGAACCGCGGCGGAGAGAGCCAAGCGCACCCUGUCCUCGAGCACCGAGGCUUCCAUCGAGAUCGAUGCACUCUUCGAGGGCAUUGACUUCUACACCAAGAUCUCCAGGGCGCGAUUCGAGGAGCUCUGCGCUGACCUGUUCAGAUCAACUCUGGAGCCCGUUGAGAAGGCUCUUGCCGACGCCAAGUUGGACAAACGCUCCAUCCACGACGUCGUGCUCGUCGGUGGCUCAACUCGCAUCCCGAAGAUCCAGUCGAUGCUGCAGAACUUCUUCUGCGGCAAGCAGUUGAAUCUCUCCAUCAACCCCGACGAGGCCGUCGCCUACGGCGCGGCUGUGCAGGCUGCCAUUCUCACCGGCGAAGGCGACAAGAACUCUGCCCUCCAGGACGUCCUGCUGGUCGACGUAGCACCUCUCUCGCUCGGCAUUGAAACCGCCGGCGGAGUCAUGACCAACAUCAUCGAGCGCAACGCCCGCAUUCCUUGCAAACAGACGCAAACCUUCACGACCUACGCCGACAACCAACCCGGCGUCACCAUCCAGGUAUACGAGGGUGAGCGCGCUAUGACCAAGGACAACAACCUACUUGGCCGCUUCGAGCUGAGCAACAUCGCACCGGCGCCCCGUGGCGUUCCAAAGAUCGACGUCACCUUCGACAUGGACGCCAACGGUAUUCUGCAUGUCACCGCCAAGGACACGGCUAGCGGUCGCAGCAACAACAUUCGAAUCACCAACGACAAGGGACGCCUGUCGCGUGAGGAGAUCGACCGUAUGCUGAACGACGCCGAGAAGUACCGCGAACAAGACCAAGAGCAGCGUGAGAAGGUCUCGGCGCGUAACCAGAUCGAGAGCUACGUGUUCUCGGUCAAACAAGCGGUCCAGGAUUGCGGCGACAAGCUCACGCAGUCCGACAAAGACAGCGUGCUGAACCUGUGCGAAGACACCAUCCGCUGGCUCGACAACAACACCCUGGCCGAGAAGGACGAAUACAAGCACAAACUCGAGGAGUUGCAGCGUCAAUUCGCCCCGAUCAUGACCAAGAUCCACACGGGAGGCGCGGCGGGACCGCAAGAUUGCGGCAAUCAGUACAGACAAGGUGCGGAGAACAACUACUCGGGACCCACUGUGGAGGAGGUGGAUUAAGCCGAACACCUGGCUUCUGAAAGAUCACACAUUUCCGGCUCAUACCAUCCGGGAGCCGUUGACGAAUAACUUCAACGCAUUUCCAGCUCAUAACAUCCGGGAGCUGUUGACGAAAAUCUUAGUUAUGUAACCACGCGCGUAUAUUCUAUAACAGUAUUUCCAAAUCGUCAUUCCCAAGAGACUGAUAUUUAUUUUUUCAAAGUUGUUUCAUCGACACGAAACUGACAAAGUAUUUAAAGACUGUAAAUUUUUUUCAUGUCGGGGCUUAUUGGUCCAGUCUUUGUAACUUCCCUGGUAUUUGAGGUAAUGCUGUGGGGCCAGCAAUGGUUCCUGUAGCUUAACUUCAAUUGUCGGAGAAGCUAUUUAAAGGCCGAACUAACAAGUCCUGUAGUCAGUUUUAUCAACUGUCUGUAAUCGUGUCUCUUCUCGGUGCAAUUAUGGAUAGGUGAUCGAACUGGUUCUUAAAAAUUGUGAUACUUGUUAAAUAAAUAAAAUCGUUCAUAUUUUUGUUUAUAAAAUCAAA